CAGCGUAUGUACAUCGUACGCGGAGGGUCAUCGCCGGCCAUUACCAUAAAAUCAAAUAAUCAUCCAUCAAAUAAAACUGAAACUCCACGCAACAAAACUUCACCAUUCCCAAGGAAUACGGCGGGGAUGGUGAUGUGCGUGUUUGGAAAGGCAACCCGCGGGCGGCAUAUAUAAAAAAUAUGAAAGAGAAUGGAAAACGGUACAUGGUCCGGGAAACAUGCGGCUGUGAUCACCCGUGAGUCUAGCCAAUGAGCCCUAAAGCGACAAAAAGACGAAAAAGAAACAUUGCCAAAAAUUUCUGGCUUUGGCGUCCCUACUAGCCGCUUGUAGUAAGAGGGUUGCUGCUUCAUUCACAUAAACUCCACACACACAUGCAAUCACCACCAGCGUGCUUUUCAUACGUGUACAUGCAUAGCUGUAUUUUCCUGUUUCAUUCAUUUGGGUAAACCAUAAAAAAAAACUUACAUUCUAAUAAAUGACGAUGUCUCUAAUCGUGCGUGUGUGUGUGUGUGAAAACUCUCGACGCCGCCAUUCACACUGGCGAGAUAACACUUUGCACUAUAUGAUUGUUGAAACAAAAACAACACAGUCAGCUCUAAAACAAAUUAAAGAGGUAUUCGGGGCGAUACACACAAAAUCUUUUCCCCUCGGAACCCAACCGUGGAUUGGUAUGCCUGGACAAAAACCCGUCUGCCAACCGGCUGUCGUGGACACAUGCGUUACAUCUUGGAGUGAAACCUCUAAAAUUUUGGUGCCGAAUAUGUUGCGCUGUCUGGCAAAAGGUACAAUUCUCUUUCCCCAUCUCGUGACCGAGGGUGAAAUCGCAUUGCAGUAUCAUCUAUACAUAUAUGGCUGUGUGCCCGCUUCUAUCCUAUCAGCCUGCCGUGUAUCAACACCACAUUCAUUUGCCGUCAAUGCCUUGGCCAAUAGCACAAAAAAAGGAGGUUGGAAACAUUUUGAUUGUGGUAAAUAUCGUUUUUGUUUUCUAUCAAAAAUCCGCAAGUGAAUUUGGGCAUUGACA